UGCGCAUUUAAAUAACAUAGUGGCAUUGUGUCAAGUCAUUUGGUCGAGUGUUGUCGCCCAUUUUCAAAUCAUUCCUUUCUGUUGCCCAUUUCGGCGAAAAAAGACCCAUCAGCUACCAGAAACCUAUCGUAGCCCAAGUAUGGUCACUCACAUCAACGACAAGAACGACCUCGUGUCGAAGCUUACUGAUGCCGGCGACCAGCUCGUUGUCAUCGAUUUUUUCGCCACCUGGUGUGGUCCUUGUAAGAUGAUUUCACCGAAAUUGGAAGAGUUGGCUCAGGAAUUCCAAAACGUGCAUGUAUUUAAGGUGGAUGUGGAUGAAUGCGAGGAUAUUGCUAUGGAGUACAAUAUUUCGUCAAUGCCUACUUUUGUUUUCGUCAAGAAUAGUCAAACGAUCACGCAGUUCAGUGGUGCCAACUAUGAGAAGCUUAGACAGUUGGUACUGGAGCAUAAGUAGAUUGUUUCGUUUUUAUGAUUAUUAAUUUUUUUUUUAAUUUUGAUGUACUUUUAACACAAAUAUUUGCAAAACCUUGUAAUCGAGCAUUUUUUGUCCAAUUUCUUCAAUGCGUAGGUUCUGUUAUUUUUUUAUAUAAUUGUAUUUAAAGCGUGAAUUGUUGUAUAGUUUGAGAUUCACCAAGUAGCGCCUUAAAUAAUGUAAAAGCAUAAAUAAAGAAUCGCAUGUAUUACAAAAAGUCAUUAAAAUGUAUUAAAAAAAUGGUGUUUUAAGUCAAAAUAAAUAAAAAAAAAAACAA